UUUCACUGACAUGCACGGUAAACCAAAGAAGCAAGCACUUAGCAGCAUGUGUGUCUUAUAGAACGGCCUCCAAAUUUUGCACAUCUCCCCGCUGCCUACACUCUGAGUGGCACAAUCUUGACCAAGACUGAUAAGUCUUCCUCCACUGUCCAAAGCAGCCUGACAGUGUUGUUGACUGGUGAACCCAGAUCCUUCUACAAUUAGUCUUUCUGACAGAAGAUACGUAGUGAAAACAGCUCCCUGCUACAUCACUUCUGAUUAGUGAAGAAGCAUCAUCAGCUCCCAAAUCCCUGCUGCAAGCAUGGGCAGGACUGUGCUCCACCUUUUGUCAGGCAGGUCUGCCAGGUGUUUCCUGUUCCUGGCUGUGCUCUGUGCUCUAUGUGUCUCUCUGGGUGAUGGAGCGUGUUCGGAGGUGGACUCGGACACAGAGGCGGUGGCUGGUUUUGGCUUUAAACUGGGCUGCAUCUCCUGCAAGAUCAGAGGGGAGGUGGAGGGCACUGCCAUCGCAGAGUGGUACUUCAGAGCUAAGGGGGAGUCCGAAUUUGCACAUAUCUACAGUUAUAAUGGUGACCAGGAAACCAUCAUUGAUAGUCGUUUCGAGAGCCGCGUGAGUUGGAAUGGCAGCAAAAACACAUUGGACCUGCAGGACGCCUCUAUCUAUCUCCACAACGUGACCCUCAACGAUUCGGGGGUGUACCGCUGCUUAUUUCGCCGGACCCUCUACUAUGAAAAUCAUGAACAUGAGACCACCCCCAACAAGCUGGUGCACCUCACUGUUUUGCCCAAAGCGAGGCGUGGCACAGCCUCCAUCGUGUCUGAGGUAAUGAUGUACGUGUCGAUCAUCGGGCUGCAGCUGUGGUUGCUGGUGGAGAUGAUAUACUGUUACAGAAAGAUCUCUGCGGCUGGGGAUGAAGCUCUCAGACUUAGCGCCGAGGAGUAUUUAGCGAUAGCGUCGGAAAGUAAAGACAAUUGCACAGGAGUGCAGGUGGCAGAAUAACACAGGCUUCUCUUGAGCCACCCACAUUCACCUCUACACUCCUUCCUCGGCUUUCCACUUCUUCCUGAUACCACCCCAAACAUUCAGCUGGAAUCUCUCCAUUUUUAUACUUCUAACCCAGAUUCUUAAUCUGAGUCCCAUCGUCUCAGCACCGCUUCCCGUUUCCUUCUCUAGUCCUGAAGCUUUUAGUGGACGGGUUUGAAUCAUAUCUAGCAGAACAGGAGAAGCACAGUGAGUGUGUUUACAUGCACUAUAAUAAUAAGGUUAUUAUCUGAUCUUAUUAGUGUCUAAUU